UAGGCCCAUUUACAUCAUCGAAAUUUUCUUUACAAGUCUAAUAAAAAUGGAGAUGAGAGCAAUCGAAGAUAUCGGCAUAGGCCAAGACCUCACUCCGCCCCUCCGCCCCCUCGCCGCCGUCCUACACGACGCCGCCUUCGGCACCCGCUGCUCCGCCUGCUUCACCGUCCUCCCUCCGCAGCCAUUUCCUCCUUCUGCCCUCAACUUUCCCGGUUAUGUCCCAACCGACACUCGCGCCACUCCUCUCUACUGUUCCCUCGCCUGCUCCGCUGCCGAUUCCCCCUUGCAUUUCUCCUCCUUCGAGCACCGCCUCAUCGCCCACUUCGCCACCUCUCCUCCCUCCACGUGGCAAAGCUCCACCGAGCUCCGCCUCUCCCUCCGCCUCGCCCACGUUUUCCAGAACCUUCCGCGUUACAUGUCGUUUCUUGGAGAGAAUGAGAAACCCGGAGGCUGUUUGGAGAGAAUGGCCGGAUUGAUGACCAAUCGCGAAAAAUUUGUAUUCGAUGAGAUCAAGAAAGCCCUAAUUGCCAGAGAUAAUAAGAGUUCUGGAAAAGUUAAGAGGAUUACAGAGGGUGCGAGGAUGAUGGCUUGGGCGAGAGGCAAAGAUGUAAGUUCGGGACGGUUUGCAUUUGAAGAGGCUGUGUUGUGUUUGGUGAUGACGAAUGCAGUGGAGGUUCAAGAAAUGACUGGGUUUUGCAUAGGAAUUGCUGUUUAUGAUGCUACAUUUUCUUGGAUCAAUCACAGCUGCUCUCCCAAUUGUUGCUACUGGUUUCUGAUGGGGCCGGGAGAGGAUGAGCAGCCGCCUCUGAGGAUUGCUCCGGCCUCGAAAGAUGGUAGAAAUGUCAGUGGUUUAGUAAUGGGAGGAGGAAUUUCAGAUAGAAAUGGUUAUGGCCCAAGACUUGUAGUUCGAAGUAUAGAUGCUGUUAGCAAAGGUGAAGAGGUUACUAUUGGAUACUUGGAUUUGGUGCAACCUAAGGAAAUGAGACAGGCGGAGCUGUGGUUCAAGUAUCGGUUCAGCUGUAGCUGUAAGCGAUGUGGUGCAGUGCCUACAAGUUACGUGGAUCACGCUCUGCGAGCACUCCGUACUGACAAUCCCAAGAAUCCAGAACACUCACCCGACGAAAUAGAGAAGCUGGUGCAAAACUUGGUGGCUGCCAUUUCUGGCUACCUAGUAACUGGUGACGCAAAAUCAUGCUGUCGGGAUCUUGAAUUCUUGCUCUAUGACGAGUCCGUAGAAUUACCUAGGAGAGUGAAGCUGCAUCCUUUCAAUCAUCUUUCUAUCAAUGCUUGUCUCUCCUUGGCUUCUGCUUAUAGAGUUCGAGCAAGUGAUUUAUUGGCUCUCAAUCUGGAACUCGAAGGGAAUCACAAACUGGAAGCUCUCAACAUGCACAAGACAAGUUGUGCAUAUUACUUGUUGGUGGCUGGGAUUGUGAACCAUUUUUACGCGUAUGAACCGAGCAGUGUGGUGGGUGCAGCAAAUCUGUGGAUUGAAGCAGGGGCGUCGCUGCUGAAUCUUGCUGGAAACUUUUUGUGGGAUGAUGAUUUACAAGUAGAAUCGUUGUUCUUGGUUCUGGAAUGUGAUGGUUGCCGUGACGUGCAUAAAUUUGAGCGGUGUCAAAAGAGGCAGUUGGAUAAGUGCAGUGCCAAGAUAGCCUCAAACGUUUGGUGCUUUCUUGCUACUGAGAGUAAUUUCUUGAAGUUUAUUGAGAACCCGAUCGAUUUUAGGUGGCUCAAAUCUCGAGCAGCUUCGGAGGUUUCGGAUGCUGAUUCUGGCUUGCAGGUUGAGAAAUGCAUACAUCAUCAUGAAAUCAAGAUGGAUCUCCUUUUGCUCAGCACCCACUGUUCCAGGUAUGCUGCAAUCUUGUCAUCCAUCUGUCACGGUUUGCCCACCAACUUUCGUAGAUAUCAACAUUGAUUCUUUUUCACAAACAUGCUUCAUUGUUUCUUUCAUAUGAAUGACAGUCGCCCACUCUGGGCCUUAAAUAUUGGGCCCUAAUAUUUGCAUCUUGCGCCAA